UUCUCUCUAUUUUCCCCUGACAAUCCACCCUUUUCCUUAUCUUUCCAGCUUUCCGAACCCACACAACUUUCGUCAUGGCUGCUGACGUGAGUUAUCCCAACGUGAACGGCCAUGGUACUAUUACCAAUGGACCUCUGGCCGACAACAUCAAAUCCGAGGCGACCCGCACCAGUCAAGAGCUGCGCGAGCUGCGCAACGCAGCAGUGACUCCCUCCACCAGCGCCGCGACCGGCCAGCCCCUAACUUACUACCACUCCCUGCUGUACAGCCUCUUGAGCUGGGAACAACCCCGAGCCACCGCCGUCUCCUUCAUCAGCGUUGUAGCUUUCAUUUUUGCCGCCCGUUACCUUCCGCUCCUUCGAUGGUUCUUCAAAUUUAUCUAUGUGGUUCUGGGCUUCACCGCUCUCGCUGAGCUGGGUGGUCAACUCGCUCUGAAGCAAAGCGUCGUCGGAUCUUUCCGCCCUCGCAAAUACUACACCGUUCCCAAGGAGACGGUCGAGGCCGUGUUGGAGGAUCUCGAGCAGCUUGUCGAUUUCGUUCUGAUCGAGUUCCAGCGCGUUCUGUUCACCGAGAACCUUGUUCACACCAUCGCUGCUUUCCUCGCCGCUUUCUCCGCCUACUGGUUGAUCAAGUUCCUGCCCUUCUGGGGUCUCUCCCUCAUCACCGUCACCAUUGCUUACUUGGGUCCUUUGGUCUACAUCAACAACCGCGAGGUCAUCGAUGCCCAGAUCGAGCACCUCCAGGAGAUGGUCAACAGCCAGGCCCACCAGCUGAAGGACAUCGCCGAGGAGCGCACCGCCCACGCGACGGGCAUCGUCAAGCAGUACGUCGAGGACUACAGCGCCAAGGCCCAGGGAUUCGUGCACCGCCGCUCCGCUUCGCGCUCCGUGACCCCCGAGGUGGCCAAGGUCGCCAGCAACCCCGUCAUCAAGAAGGAACCCGAGGCCGAGCCUGAGAUCAAGAUCCCCGACUUCCCUGAAGCCCCGAAGGCUGAGCCCGUGGUUCCCGCCGCUCCCGUCGCUCCCUUGGCCGAAUCAAUUGAGCAGCCUGCCGUUGAGGCUGAGGAGAAGGAGCCUCUACUGGCUUAGGGAGUCGGUCGUGAUGCGGAGUGGACACGGUUUGUUAGCUGCCUCAGUUGAUGUGGUAGUUCUGACUAAGGGCAUUGAGGAGUCGACUGUGAUGGCAUGCACAGCCGACUUGAGGCUGGGUAGUAUGUAUGCGGUGGUGUAGUGUGUGUACGAUGGCAAAACGAGACUUCGUUAGCCGUGGUGGUUAACGGGGACGUUUUUCCCUUGUACUUUUCUUUCUACUUUUUUUCGUUUCAUUUUUCUCUUGCUCGCAGGCCGACUGCGGAGUAUAUCUUUCUGUUUGGGUUCAUACUUAUAUUUCAUGCGUGUAUGGCAAUUUUCUUAUCUUCUGGGAAAGUCAGACUGGUGUAGGACAGCAGUCAUCCUCGU